GAGGGAGCCGGAGUACCCGGAGGGAACCCACGCAGUCACGGGGAGAACAUGCAAACUCCACACAGAAAGAUCCCGAGCCCGGGAUUGAACCCUGACUACUCAGGACCUUCAUAUUGUGAGGCAGACACACAAACCCCUCUUCCACCGUGAAGCCCCACAAUCUAUGUAAAUGAGUGUAAAUUCUAUUUUACUUCCUCUUCACCCCUCCUCAACUUUUUUUUCCCAUCCUCCCUUCCUAUGAAAUGAUCUUUUUGUUCGUCACAUAUCUCUCUUCGACACCCAUUUAAUUUGAAACCUUUUUAAAAACACACACACACAUAAUUAGCAUUUAAAUCUCUCAGUCGCCCCUCCCUCUCUCCCUCGCUCGCUCUCUGGUGGACUCUACAUGUCUCGGUCGCUAAGGCAACCAAUGCUUCUCCCCCCCCCCCCCCUCUUCUCCUCCCUUGCUCUCCCCUCUUUUCCCCUCACUCGCUGUCUCAUUCCCUCUCUCCAGUUGCCAGAGGUAGGCAUGAGAAGUGAUACGUGUCGUACUGUGUGUGUGUGUGUGUGUGUGUGUGUGUGUGUUUGAGUGACAUUUUGCUUGGCAUUUAGGCAGCAGUUGUAGAUGAGAAGUUGCCUGGCGCCGCUCAAAGUGUCAUUUGGACUUGGUGUUGGGCUGAUGAAGAUUUAUGAGCAGGCGUUGGAGGACCGGAGCGGAGUGUGUGAUGGAUGUGGACUUUUCUUGUGUUGAGGUGUUGCGAGUGAUGCAUAAUUGAGCGUUAAACUUCAAUGGCCCGGGGGAGCGUGGACAUUUAGAGGAGAUUAGAGCUGGAAUUCUGCCAUCACUAUCCUUGUUAUCUGGCGAGCCGGACCCUCCCCCCUUCCGUCUUUCUCCCUCUCCUCUUCGUCUGUCUUAUCUUCCAGAGAUGAUCGGCGUGGUGGCGUCUCAGUGAACACGGCCAAGCGAUGGAGAGACGCUCCGUCUCUCCUGUCGCACGACUGACUGCCCUCGUCCUGGUCGCCCUGGCGACGCAGCCCUCCACCUGUAACCGUGACGACGGCGAGGAGCGGGUGGACGCCCUCUCCGUCCAGCUGUCCGUCACCACCCAGGUGACGCCCACCCCUCUCUGGGCGGUGGUGUGGGGACCCACGCAGCCUCUGGAGGACGACACCUACCACUUCCUCUCCAGCCAGGAAACGGAGCACCUGCGCCAGCAAGGGGACCAGCGAGAGGCCGGCACUCCUGUGGCCGCCUCCGAGGACUGGCCCCGACCUGAUGCCAGCACGCGCCCUCAAGACGGGUCUUGGAGCCAAGAGGACGGGAGGACGCAGGCGGAGGGGACGGAGCUGGAGGAAGAAGUGGACCCUCAGUUCUACGUCACUGUGACCAUCUCCUCGCUGCUCAUCCUGACUGCAAUCAUCAUCACCGCCAAACUCUGUUACGAUCGCAGUUGUUCCCGGCAUCCGCCCCCGCUCUCUGGCGGCGUGGCCCCCCCCCUCUCCCGCGCGCUCCCAUGCUCCCUUGCUUCGGAGGAGAGCCGCCAGACGCUGCACAGCACCUCCUCCUUCGCCGACCGAGAGAGUGUCAGGAUCCCGGUGGUGAACCUCUGAGGCGGCUAUUUUUCCAUACGCUGAAUAUUUCUGCCGUCGGAGCGUCAACAUUUUUUUGCCUGCAGCAUCGUUUUUAUUUUCUCCAAAACUGUGAAAUGGGUUCAGGGACCAGAACGCACACUGCUCGGCUACCCCCGAGGUCUUUAAGAAGAAGAAGGAAAAAAAAAACCUCAUCUUGCUGCCUCUUUCCUUCCCUCCCCGUGUGCUAAAUGUUCUCGAUGCGGCUCUGCGUCAGCGUCACGGCCCCCCGAGCUGCGACUCCACGGCUCGGACCCUCCAUGACUAAUUGACAAACAAACAGUUUAACAGGCGUGCAGCAUUCCAUUGUAGGACACAGUCUCUCUACCUGUGCUUCCAGUCUGCUCUCAAACCCAAGAAAACCGUGCCCGGAUUCCUCGCCAUCAUGCAUCAGCAUCUCCAGAGGAGGAUUUUGACAAAGCUGUUUAUCGGGGCUGCAGCCAACAGGCAAAUGUGUUUAACAUGUCACGCUCCAAAAAUGCUCCCCGCUUCAAGAAUGUUGGAUAAAAAAUGCUAAUUCUC